CGGCGUUCUCCGAGUGCGUAUCCUGGAGCUGCCGGCUGCCGGAGGCGGGAGGAAAGGGGCUCCCCGGGCCCGGGCGGGGCCGGGGCCAGCGAAAGUCUGCGGAGGUCUGCGAGGGAAGUCGAGUCUCCGGAAGUGGCAGUUGUAAACACCGUCUCCCUGGGCCUGGUCUCCCUCUUGUUCCCCCCUGUGCUCUUUGUUCCCCCUCCCUGGGUCUUAGAGUCCGUCGUGUUCCAACAGUUUUUGCUCUGACCCCGCGGUCUGCCUGGGCCUCUUUCUGCCUUUGAGAUCCGAAGCUGCCCCAGGGGUCUUGGGUGUGCAGUCUGGAUCACGGGAGACCCCUGAGACACAUUGAGAGAGAUGAGUAUAUUCUGGAUGACCAACAGAAGGACUCAAAUGUGAGACUUCAGCCUGUGUAACCUGUAAGCCACAGACAUCUUGGACAGUUUUAAUCAUUAAUAACGAAGUAUAUCAUUAAGCAACAGUGGGGUAUUUUAAAAGAGUUGGAAGACUCAUCAUGAGUUUGGACACUUCAAAUAAUGCCUCUGGUGAUAUCCAAAGGUUGAAGAAUGCCUCGUCUGAUAUGAAACAAAUGGUUAAAAAUGAAACAGACUUGGAUAUUACUGCUGAUCUCAGAAAGAAACUCCAUCGGGCUAAGAAAGAAAAAUUAGAAAUAACAACCAAGCACAAUGCAGAGCUGGCAAGCUACGAGAGCCAGAUUGCCAAGCUACGAUCCGAGGUUGAAAAAGGAGAGGCAUUGCGACAAAGUCUGGAGUAUGACCUGGCUGUUGCUAGAAAGGAAGCUGGACUCGGAAGGCGGGCUGCUGAAGAAAGAUUAACUGAGGCACAUAGGAUCCAAGAAAAACUCUGUGCUCAGAAUGCAGAACUUCAGGGAAAGGCAAGUGAGAUGGAGAAAGCAUUCCAGACUUCCCAGCAGAAAUGGAAAGAAGAAUGUAGAAGAUUUGAAUGUGAUUUGGAGGAAAGAGACAAUAUAAUUCAAAACUGCAAUCAAAAAUAUGAUUUACUUAUGAAAGAAAAAAGCAGACUAGAGAAAACUGUACAGGAAGCGCUGGAAAAACAUCAGGAGAAGAAUGAGAUGGAGUCUCAUAUCAGGGAGACAGCACUGGAGGAGUUUAGAUUACAAGCAGAACAAUGGGAAGCAGAAAGAAGAGAGUUACAAUUUAUAGUACAGGAGCAAGAUAAUGCUUUACAAAAUAUGCACGAGAAAGUAGAAAAAUUAGAAGCCGAACACAUGGAGUGCUCUGACCUUUUACGUCGACAGACAAGUGAAUUCGAAUUUAGCAGUCAACGAGAGGAACGUCUUAGAAAAGAGUUUGAGGCAACUACUCUAAGAGUGAGGAAAUUAGAAGAAAAUAUUGAAGCAGAGAGAGCAGCACAUUUGGAAUCGAAAUUUAAUUCUGAAAUUAUUCAGUUACGGAUUCGAGACCUUGAAGGAGCUUUGCAGGUAGAAAAGGCCAGCCAAGCAGAAGCUGUUGCUGAUUUGAAAAUGAUCAAGAAUGAAUUCAAAGAAGUUGAAAGUGCAUAUGAACGAGAAAAGCAUAAUGCACAAGAGAGCUUUGCAAAACUAAAUAUAUUAGAAAGAGAGUAUUUCUCCAAAAACAAGAAACUAAAUGAAGAAAUCGAGGAACAGAAGAAAGUAAUUACAGACCUUUCAAAGAGACUCCAGUAUAAUGAAAAAAGUUGCAGUGAAUUACAGGAAGAACUUGUAAUGGCUAAGAAGCACCAGGCUUUUCUGGUAGAGACAUGUGAAAAUAACGUGAAAGAGUUGGAAUCAAUCUUGGACAGCUUUUCUGUGUCUGGCCAGUGGACAUCAGGCAUCCACAAGGACAAAGAUAAACCUCCCAGCUUCUCUGUUGUCCUUGAGAGUUUGAGGCGUACCUUGACAGAUUACCAGAACAAGCUGGAAGAUGCAUCUAAUGAGCUAAGCAACAUGAAUCAUGCUAAGGAAAAGGCAUCUAAUGAACUUGAGUCUACCAAACAGAAGGUAGAAUCUCACACUAAAAAUAUAAAGGACCUUCAAGAUAAAUUGGCUGAUGUCAAUAAAGAGUUAAGUCAUUUACGCACUAAAUGUGCAGACAGAGAGGCUCUAAUAAGCACUUUAAAAGUGGAACUACAAAAUGUGCUGCACUGUUGGGAGAAAGAAAAGGCGCGAGCAGCCCAAUCUGAAAGUGAGCUGCAGAAGCUUUCCCAGACUUUCCGUAAGGAUACCGAGGAGAAGCUAACCUUCCUUCAUACCUUGUAUCAGCACUUGAUAGCAGGCUCUGUGCUCAUAAAACAACCAGAAGGCAUGCUGGAUAAAUUCUCUUGGUCUGAGCUUUGCGCAGUUUUGCAGGAGAAUGUUGAUGCUCUGAUAGUAGACCUCAACAGGGCUAAUGAGAAGAUAAGUCAUCUAGAGUAUAUCUGUAAAAACAAGUCUGAUACGAUGAGAGAGCUUCAGCAAACCCAGGAAGACACCUUUAACAAAGUGGCAGAGCAGAUCAAAGCCCAGGAGAGCUGCUGGCACAAGCAAAAGAAGGAACUGGAGCUGCAGUACUCCGAACUCCUCCUGGAGGUACAGAAGAGGGCACAGAAAUUUCAAGAAAUUGCUGAAAAAAAUAUGGAAAAAUUGAACCAUAUUGAGAAGUCACAUGAACAAUUGGUUGUUGAAAACACACAUUUCAAAAACUUGUUAUCACAGACUAAAAGGGAACAGACAUCCUUGCUGGCGGCCUGUGCAUUGAUGGCUGGUGCCUUAUAUCCUCUGUAUAGCCGAUCAUCUGCCUUAUCCACACAGAGAGAUUUUCUCCAGGAGCAGGUCAACACCUUUGAGUUGUUAAAAUUGGAAGUUAGAACUCUAGCCCAGGCUUUGUCAAUUGUAGAGGAAAAGAAGCAAGAGGAAGCCAAGAUGAAGAAAAAAGCAUUCAAAGGAUUGAUACGUGUAUUCCGGAAAGGUGUUAUUGCAAUUUUGGCAGCAAACAGACUCAAGAUUUUGGGCCAGUCGUGUGCCUCUCUUUUUACCUGGAUGGAGAGUUUCAAAGAAGGCAUAGGCAUGUUAGUGUGUACAGGAGAGCCCAAAGACAAGCAUAAAUUUCCAAAACAUCAAAAGGAGCAGUUACGUUGUUUGCAAGCUCUCAGUUGGCUCACCAGUUCUGACCUUCUUGCUGCAAUAAUCAGUUCUAUGGCUGAGUUACAGGAAGCUAUUAGUAAAACAGAUCCAAAUUCCAGAAUUUGUGGACAUUUGCUUAUAGGAGCAGCCAAGAAUUCUUUUGCAAAACUCAUGGAUAAAAUUAAUCUGGCAAUGGACAGUAUACCUUUGCACAGCAACAGGAGUAUUACAUAUGUGGAAAAAGAUUCCCUGGUUCAGAAGCUGGCCCGUGGACUUCAUAAAGUAAACACACUGGCCCUGAAAUACGGUCUACGUGGCCAUGUGCCCAUUUUGAAAAGCACAGCAUCAUUACAGAAGCAAAUAUUUGGAUUUACACAAAGACUGCACACAGCAGAAGUGGAGCGCCGCUCACUACGCUUAGAGGUCACAGAAAUGAAACGAAAUGUGAAUGAACUGAAGAAGGAGCUUGACAAAACCCAGGGUCUUCAGAUGCAGUUAAAUGAAUUUAAGCAGUCAAAAUUGAUCACCCAUGAGAAGUUUGAAAGUGCGUGUGAAGAAUUGAAUAAUGCAUUACUACGGGAACAGCAGGCUCAAAUGCUAUUGAAUGAGCAGGCACAGCAACUACAGGAGUUGAAUUAUAGGCUUGAAUUACAUUCCAGUGAGGAAGCUGACAAAAACCAAACUCUUGGAGAAGCUGUUAAGAGUCUCUCCGAGGCAAAGAUGGAGCUGAGAAGAAAAGAUCAAUCUCUGCGUCAGCUCAAUAGACAUCUUACCCAGCUGGAGCAGGACAAGCGUCGACUGGAGGAGAACAUCCAUGAUGCAGAGAGUGCCCUCCGCAUGGCAGCCAAAGACAAAGAAUGUGUUGCUAAUCAUAUGAGAACAGUAGAAAAUGUGCUUCAUAAGGUCAGAGAUCAGAUCUCGCUGUCACGGACUGCGGCAAGUAGGAAUGACUUCACCCUGCAGCUACCCAGACUGCACCUGGAGACCUUUGCAAUGGAGGGGCUCAAGGGCAGGCCAGAGGUUGUAGCGUGCCAGGCUAUGAUUAAAAGUUUCGUGGAUGUCUACCAGCUUGCAAGCACUAGAAUUGGUACAUUAGAAAAGGAAAUGACAUCUCAUCGAAGUCAUAUUGCAACCUUGAAAUCAGAACUUCACACAGCUUGUUUACGGGAAAAUGAAAGUUUACAAUCAACAGGAUCACGAGACCAUUCAAAUCUCUCCAUUCCUUCAAGAGCUGCUCUUCCUGCUGACACAAUUGAUGUUGGGGAUAUUUUGCCAUUGAAAGCUGAACCUGACACAGCUUACACUUUCUUAAAGGAGACACUUAUAAAUCCUGUGCCCCUGUCGUCAUCUCACUCCUCUCCAGUGAUGAUGUCUGCUACUGCCGAGAGACCAGCUCAGAUUGGAUUAUGACUUUAUGAAAUAAAAAGGAUGCAGGAAGAGUUAACAGUACAAUUAAAAUUGUUUUGAAGGGGGAUUUUCUUAUCAGUUGAAUUUUGUUUCAGCACAAGUGGCUGUGGGUUUUUAAAAAUUGUGUGAUACCUUGAUGUGUGCAGGUAUCUAUGUCUCCUUGAAUAAUGAAAUAACCAACUUUUUUUUCCCUCUAAGUUUUAUUUAUUAUCACAGUUGCUCAUUUUUAUGUAACAUAUUUUUAAAUGUUAAAGAAUGACACAUUUUGGAUAAUUUCCUUCAGACUUAAAAAAAAAAUCAAUAAGCCAUUUUAGUCUCUAUCUAUCAAAGUUGUUUCAUACUUGUCUAUUUUAAAGCAGGACUGCAAUACUUUAAUAGGAUUGAGAGAGCUAUUUGAAAUGUAUGCCAAUGAUUCCUGUCAUUUCAUGGCAGCCCUGCCAUGGUUCACUGAGCCCCCUCUUCUCUCUUGUCAGCUCAACUGAAGACAAGCAUUUAGUUGCAAACUUUAAGCAGGUUGUGCAAAACAGAAAUGAUGUGACUGCUUCUCCUCCUGCACAAUAAUGUCACUCCUGGUCAAUGUGAGAAGGUCAGGUUGCUCCUUGUAAAGCUACAUGAUACCACUUGCCCAUUUGAACAAGUUAAGUUAACUGCUGAAUCUGGUCCCUGCAGGCACUGAAAACUCAUCCUUUUAUCAAGCCUGCAUUUGAUAAGAAAGUAGAGCAGUUGUGCUGGGAAGAUGUCUGUGGUGUGUUUAGGCACUUUUUAAGGACAGUUCCCACACCAGUACAGCAGGUAAUAUAUUUUGUAUAAGCUGAAAAACUUCAAGGUAAUGGCUGUUUUGACCUUCAAAAUAGACUCCUUUUUUGUUUGUGUUGUUGGUAGGACCCAAGAGUGACGCCCAUCUUUGAUGCUGACAGAAUUUAAAACAAGGCCAUUGCCCUGCAUUUUCUGCCUUGUAGCACACAAAAGUAAAAUUGUAUGUCAGGCCGAGAUGUCGGGGAGCUGACAAGAUGCCCCAGUGACAUUUCAGCUAGAAAGAGCAAGUGUCUUGCAACCAAGUGGUCAAAUAUCAAAUAAUAGGUCAAGCAGGAAGGAGCUGAGUUCUAACCACAAAGAGGUUUCUGGUAACUUACUUGACAAGCUUUUGGGUGCUUUGUGGCUUGACAAAGUGAUGUUCUGUUGGGUAUCGCUAGGCAGACUGUUCUUUAUUGCCUUCAGAAGAUCAGACAUUGACAUUGAUUAAACUCUUUAACCCUUAAAGGUUAAAUCCUUGCAGUUUGCAUCAUGGUAAGUGAAGAACAAAAGGAUAUUUGUAAUUUGUAUUUGUUUUUGUCUUAAUCAUUUAACUCCCCAGUGAUAUUAACUUCUGAUGUGAAUGGUGCUUCUUGACAAAGAAUUUUAAUACAAAAUCCAUAUUUUGUAUUACUUUUCAUUUUUGAGUUCUUCAUUAUGGAUGCAUUAGAGAAUAACAGUAUAUAUUAUGGAAUCUGUAUUGUCUUAACUUUACAGUGACAUUUGAUUCAAAUAUACCCAACUUCUAAGGAUUUUUUUUUAUUGGACUUGGUAAAUAAAAUUGGUGUACUGUCUGUGUAUUAGCCAAAUCAACCAAGUAACUUAUACCAUCUGAGAUAACACAGCACUAUUACUGUCAUACUGUGCAGCACAAUACUAUUUCUCAUAGUACUGGGACAGUAUAAUAGGCUUUAUAUAAAUCUUUAGAAAGCUGUUUCUGUGAAGUGAAAUUAAUCUUUAACCAAAUUUCUCUACUUCUUUCCUUGGAGUUCUUUUUAUUAACCAUUCUGUGUUUUGAAUAUUAAAGAAUAUGCCCUGUAAUAUAAUAUGACAUGUAUGAAAUUCAACUUGAAAAUUUAUUGUAACACAGAAAAUGCUAUUGUUUUUAUAUGGAUCAUAGAAUAAUUCCUGCACAUUUCAAAAUGCUUUCCUCUGCCGAUCCAUAUAGUGAUUAAGAUAUUACCCAUAUAGAAAUCAAAUACAGUUUUUUAGUUCAUGUGACAUCAUUGAGCUUCCACUUCUCACACUGCAGAAAAACAGUGUUACUUUACAUCACUUAUAUGUCUGGUUUGUGUGUGUUAUGUUUGUGUUAAAUCUGUUUUCAGAUCCUAGUAAUUUAAGGGGAAGGAGCACCUUUGUAAACUUUGCCUUGGACAGACCUUGGUCUUCUUGCCUUAAUUUUACAAUCUGUUGAUGGGAUAACACCAGAAAUAAAUGUAUAUGUCUCUCCAUAUAUGGGAG